AAAUUUUUGGUUCCCAUCAUGGGUUUCCACAUUGGAUACCUUAGUACUUUAUCUCUGACCUGCACAACUUAUCAAUAAUUAUUUAUUAUGUGCCCAACCCUGUUUGUCACUUCAUAGAUCAAAAAUCAUUGUGCGGAUUCGGUCGAGUUUGCUGAACGUUGCAAAAUGAAGCUUUUAUUUCGUGCUAUUACUAUUAUGUUAGUUUUGGAUAUAAUUGAGGGUGCCAGAAUAUUGGCCUGUGUAUUUUCACCAUCGUUUAGCCAUCAGAUGGUCUUCAGGCCGUUAUGGCGCACUCUCGCCGACAGAGGGCACCACCUGACCCUCCUCACGACCGAUCCGAUGCGAGAUCCGACUCAGAAAAACAUCGAGGAGAUCGAUCUGAGCGGAUCGCACGCCGUCAUGGAGGAUUUCGGCAACUCGGUCAUUAUGAGCGGAGGUCGCAGUCAAGGUAAACCGCUCUUCUUGGUGGAAUUCGAGCUUCUAAAAGCACUCAAUGAGGUGGCUGAUUGGCAGUUGGCUCAACCGGAUGUCAAGAAGAUCAUCAAAAAUGAGAGCGAAUACUUCGAUUUGCUGAUCGUGGAAGUAAUGAAUCCUGUACAUAUGGCAUUUGCUGAAAGAUUCAAAAUACCCUUCAUUGGCGUUACACCGAUGGAUGCACCUUAUAGAAUACACGCCCUAAUGGGGAAUUACUUACAUCCCAUUGCUUAUCCAGACCAUUACCUACCCGUGUCCACGCCACUGGAUUUCAAAGGACGCCUUACAAGUACUUUAUUCAACUGGUUCAACUGGUUCUUACAGUACCACUGGGUAUACAGACGUCAAACUGAAAUAGUCAAAAAUCACUUUGGUCAGCAAGCCAAAGAUCUAAGAGAACUAGAGAAAGAGAUGAGUCUCCUAUUGGUCAAUGUGAACCCGAUGUUCCAUGACGUCAGACCUGCUGGGUCGAAUACCAUCUACAUGGGAGCAAGCAUACACAUCAAAGACACCAACAAGCCAAUGCCGAAGGAUUUGCAGACAUUUUUGGACACUAGCGAAACAGAAGUAAUCUACUUUAGCUUGGGAUCGAACAUCAAGAGUUCAUUGCUCAGUGAUGAUGUCAAAAAUGUUAUCAUCUCUACUUUAGAGGAACUGCCUUACAACGUACUAUGGAAAUUCGAGGUAGACACCAUGGAAAAGCUACCAGAUAACGUGAAAAUAGUCAAAUGGGCACCACAAUUCGAUUUGCUAGGGCAUCCCAAAGUGAUACUUUUCAUAACACACUGCGGAGCCCAAUCUCUGGAAGAAGCGAUCUUCCACCAGGUUCCAAUGGUUGGAAUACCAUUUAUGUGGGACCAACCGAGUAACGCGAAAGUUAUGGAAAGACAAAAGCUGGGAAAAAGCGUAGAUAUAUCAAAUUUCACGAAAGAAGCCUUCAAAGGGGCCAUUUUAGAAGUCAUUCAUAACCCCGUAUACAAAACGAACAUUAUUGAGAUGUCAAAAAUAUCCAAAGAUGUGGAAAAGACUGGAUUAGAUCGAGCUGUAUGGUGGACAGAAUAUUUCAUUCGUAACAAAGGAGCCAAACAUUUGAAAAGCCCUGUUUCGGAAUUGCCAACAUACCAAUAUUACCUCUUGGAUGUCAUCGGAUUUUUGCUUUUAGUUUCGACAGUUUUUGUCUGUCUUUCAAUGUUUACCACCAAACUACUAGUUAGUUUCAUUAUGAAGAGUGCAAAGAGGCCAAAGAACAAAAAUGAUUGAAAAUGCAAUUGUCGCAUGUGCUGAAUACAUUUCGAAAUGUUUUAUGUCGAAAAUUAUGUACUACAAUGUAUAUGUACGAUGCUGCCCAAAUAAUUCGUAACGACUCUUCGUCGAAUCAUUCUUUUUGUCUAAGCAGAAAUGGAAAUAUUCAGAGAUACACCUGACUAUCUCGUAACACAAUAAGAAAUCAGUGAUUGAAACAGCAGUCAUCUGGUAUAGAUGUUAGUCUGAGUGCGAAUUUUCAAAGGGAUUUUCACAGAAUUCGUUACGAAUUAUUUGGGCAGCACUGUACCUGCUUGUUUAUGUAUACAGGGUGUAUUGAAAAUAAUAUCGCACAGUGAUUUCAGAACACUCUGUAUAUGUUUAUACCUAUUCAAGAACUUUGACAAUUUUUAUAGUAGUGAUACCUGUAAUAAAAAUAUAUUUUAUACCU